AUCGGGUGAUAUAUAAAGCUGUGGUUUUUACCCUCAGGCAUCUUUCUUUCCUCAUAGCUUAGAACCCACCAAACAGCCACCGACGGCCGCACCGACUACCCAAUGUCUCCGGCAAUCCCCUGGAACUAUCCCUUUUCCGUGAUCCCACCUAGCUCACCCGAAAUUGAGCCAUCGAUCCUUGCCGUCGAGACUAUAUUGAACUACUCCUUUAGAGACAAGAGGUUGCUGGAGGAGGCUCUCACGCACUCCUCAUGCACCGGAUCGCCCUCGUACCAGCGCCUCGAGUUCAUCGGUGACGCUGCGCUCGGUCUCGCGCUGAGCAACCACAUAUUCCUUGCUUACCCGGAUAUCAACCAGGGUCAAUUGUCGCUUCUUAGAGCGGCGAAUGUAAGCAGGGAGAAGCUGGCUCGAGUGGCCAUCAGGCAUGGUCUUUAUCAGUAUGUCAUCAGGAACAAUGCCACUGCUCUUGAUGAUAAGGUUAGGGAGUUCGCUGCAAUUGUCUGCCAAGAAGAUAAUGCAGUUGCACAUGGUGCAUCUAUGAAAGCGCCUAAGGUUCUGGCUGAUAUUGUGGAAUCUAUAGCUGCGGCUAUCUAUGUUGAUGUCAAUUUUGAUCUUCAAAGGCUCUGGAUGAUCUUUAGAGGUUUGUUGGAGCCUAUAGUUACCCUUCCGGACUUGCUUCAUCAACCUCAACCAGUGACGUUGUUGUUUGAGCUUUGCCAGAAGGACAGAAAGAAAGUGGACAUCAAGAAUUGGAAAAAGGGGGCAAAAAGUAUUGCUAGUGUGUAUGUAGAUGGUGUAUUUGUUGCCUCUAGCUCGUCUGAACAGAAGGAGGUUGCAAAGCUUGCUGCAGCUAGAUUAGCCUUGGAUAAGUUAUCAAAAUCUCUAUCUGCUAAAACUGAGGUGCUUGAUCUUUCGGUUGAGGAAAAUGGAUCUCUUGAGAUUGAGGGAGCAAAACAGAAGCUGAAUGAGUUAUGUUGCAAGAAAAAGUGGCUGAAACCCAGUUAUAGCAUUGAGAAAGAUGAUGGCCCUCCACAUGAGAAGAAAUAUGUAUGUGCAGUUCAAGUUCCAACUGCAGAUGAUGUGCUCUACAUGCCAGGAUAUGAGAAAUCAAGGGUGAAGGAUGCUGAGAACUCAGCAGCUUCUUUCCUGAUUCGUGCCUUACAAGAAUCUAAUUAUCUAUGAUUCUGUCCUCUCUUUGCAAGAACCUAUAACAUGGUUGCUAUGGAGCUCUAGAUCAUCUUACCAUAAAUGCAUAAAUUUGAGAAACUCAGCCUUGUUUCAUGCCUUUAGAUGUUUUUCGUUAUUCAAAAUGAGAUCAAACUACUAGAUCAGCCAUGAAAUAUGUAAAUAGUUUCUUGUGCCUCAUUUUGUGAGAUUGCCAAAAGGAUGUGUAGUUGGACUUGGAUCAGACCUGUUCAACAUUUUCAACUGGCGUCGCAUUUGAUAAAUUGAUCAAGUUGUUCUAUUUUGCCUUCUCAUGUUUUGAGGUGAUUGAAAAGGUAUAUAACAAGUCUUGGAUCUUUAUUUCUCACACUUUUUUUUUCUGAAGAUGAACUUGAAUGGGUAAUUGAGUACAUUCAAGAAUCUUCUGCUUGUAUUUUGGAUUCAUAAAAUGGAAGAAAUACAUAGCAUGCUGAACAGAUCUAAAGAAUGCUAUCAUGAAUCAGUAAAAUGUUCACCUUGUA